AAAUUUCUCAAAGAAUACCAUUAUUUGUCACCGCUCAAGGAUGGAAAUCAUAAUCUCAAAGAUGCUCUGAGGCUGUUUCAGCAACAGUCUGAAAUCCCUGAGACAGGUCAUCUGGAUCCUGCCACUAUCAAAGAAAUGCACAAACCAAGAUGCGGUGUCCCAGAUCUUGAUGAGGAAGAGAACUCAGAAUCUGGUAAAUACAUAAAUGAAACCCUACAGUAAAGGCGACAGUUUUAGAUGAUCACUCGGCUUCUAGCACUUCAUAUGCUACUCUUGUGGUCUGUGCCGGUUUGUUUGUUUGUUUGCCCGUUUUUAUUUUUGCCAAACAUGACUGACAGAGAAUGUGAUAUAUUUAUGGCUUUUGCCCAAGAAUGCCAUAAAAUGUUUUUUUUUCUAUUGAGCCUUUCUUUUAUUAUUUAGACUGCGAGCAUUCCCUCUUUUUCUUCAUAUUUAGUGAGAGCAAUGCACUCGCGCGGCAGCCCGAGAAGAAAAAAGAGCCAUCAGUAACGCGCGUGGCCAUUUGCGUGUCUCGCGUUUUGCUCGACGGCCAGAAAAAAGAGAGACUCGUAGUCUAUUUAUUAUCUUGAAGAAUUAUAAAAACAGUCCACUCCUUCACUUUUUUAGGGAAUAGAGACCUUAAGAUACACCGUUUCCAAUUACAGGUACGGGUAAAUUAGCCGUUCACGUAGCCGUAAAUACGGGUAGAUUACCUCUUACGCGGGAGAAGCGGCUACUACCGGUUAGAGUGGGAUCCCCAUUAUCACAUCUGGGAAAUAAUGGUUGCCCCUUAUAAAACUAUGAGGUAAACAUGUUCGCUUACUCGUACUCGUAGGUUGAAACGGAUCUUAAGGUCACUAAUAACAGGAAACGUAAUACAUAUAUGCCGGCUUGAUAAUUUGACUAAGGGAGAAAACGUUAAAAGGAACAAUUUUCAUCACGGUCUUCUUCUUCUUACAAGUGUUCUCUUCUCAUAUCCCAAACUUUUUCUCUGUUCACCGAUCUUGUACCCAGUGGUUUGUGAUAUAAUCACCCCGCGCUAUUAUAUACAUUUUAUAGUCACCAAUCAAAUGGGUGCAAACAUAGUCUAUAUAUAAUAUAAUCCUUGACUCGAUGAUACUUGCAUUGUCUAACACAGUGACUUUCAAACAUGAUGUUUUAGGAAGAGUUAAACGGUUUUCCAUCUCUGGGGACAAAUGGAAAAAAAAGAAUCUCACAUACAGCUUCCAUAAUUAUGCCUCAAAUGGAGUCCUGAAUUCAACACAGCAACGCAAAAUUGUGAGAAAGGCCUUUACACAGUGGGAAGAGAUCGGUCCUUUGUCCUUUGUAGAUGUUACAGAUAACGCUUCCCUCAGUAAUUCCUCCGAUAUCACAUUGUCGUAAGUUGACCUUUAUCUGGUUCAAUAAUUUUCUAGCCUACCCACAGAUUAUAUAACUUCUAUUUCUUUAUUCGCAGAGGACGAGGAUUACUACGAGGAAACGUUUCACUUUCUUUUUCCGCAUAGGCCAUCCUCUUUUUUUUUUUCUCCUUUUAGCGUCGUCCGACCGACCCAAAUUUUUGGCCUUUUCAAAAAAAAAAAGUAACGACGUAGUUAAACCAUUUUUCACUUGGAAUAAUUCUUUUAAUCUAUCUGAAAAAAGGAUCUUAGUAACAGCAUAGAGAAAAACAGGAACAUUUUUUUUUACAGCAAAUUGUACAUUUUGUUAAUCCAAUCAUGUGAAAGUUAACUUUUAACAUCGUCCCAGGGUACCAGGGCCUCCUAGUCCGAGACUUCUUGUGAUUUUAUUUUAAUCAGUUUUUUUUUCGAUCCGACCGACCGACCCAAUAUCUGGAAAUGCAUUCGACGCUAAACGAAAAAAAAAAAAAAAAAAAAAAAAAAAAAAGGGGGGGGGGGGGGGGUGGCCAUAUUCUCAAAAAAUUCGACACCCCGGAAAGCUUCUUUGUGCAUUUUUUCACCAGAGAAGUAAACACAGUUAAUAUUUUUAUUGAAGAAGAAUGAUGAUAAAUGGUAAAACUUAUAUAACACAACUUGUCAAAGCCACAACGACAUUCUCGCUGCGUGGUAGAAUGACGACGGCUAUAACGUUUUCCCGCCAAAAUUGACGCUGGUUCACGCGCACGACUCUGUAAAAAAAAAAAAUCUCGUCCUCGCAAUCGGCCCGUCAUUAAAAAAAGGUCUCUUUUAUUAUGAUCUUGAUUAAAUUUUCAUACUGUAGGUUUUUUACCCUUCAACACAGUCCAUGUCCACAUGAUUUCGAUGGCGAGAAUGGAGUAUUGGCUCAUGCAUUUUUUCCUGAAUCUGGACACGUGCACUUUGAUGACGACGAGACCUUUACUGAUGGAGUUUCAACUGGGAAAAAUCUUUUCUCUGUUGCUCUUCAUGAGAUUGGCCAUCUUCUAGGGUUAAAGCAUUCCGCUAAAUCUGACGCCAUUAUGCAUGCAACAUACAAGCCCUAUAAACCAAAUAUGAAUCUCACGGACGACGAGACACAUGGCAUCAACUUCAUUUAUGGUAAGUAACGACAGGUUGAUGUUACGUCAGCAUCAUCAUAGUGUCAUAAUUUUGUUUGAAACUUUCACAAUGAAAAUGUGUCACGUUGUCACGACUGCGGAACACAUCUUCCACAAGCCUUCCACAGUAUCGUACACUAGGCUGGCAGCAGGCCCGUCUACAAUGGGGGUGAGGGCGUGAGUGGCAUUGAACCGAUGCGCCCCCUCUAUAAUACAAAGAGUACUUUAUGUAAAGGAAUUUAAAAAAACAACAACAACAAGCAAACAAACAAAUAGGCUUAAUCUAAUGUGGUAUAUGAACAAAUGCGAUUCAAACCUUCGCCCGGAUCUAGUGGAAAAUCGUUCCUUGUUACAGGCCAUGGUGUAAGUUACUGGUUUGAUAUGAAGUUGAGUGAACAGUUAACUUAUUAAACAUGAGAUAACAGAUCACAGCGAGUGAGCUUGUUGUUCCGAAAAGAAACUCGUUUCAGAGUUUAACUGCUCAUAGACAUACUGGGUCAGUUAUUUAAACGGAGUCUAGCCCGUGUGUAACAAAAACCAGUGCCCUAAGCCAUUGCCAGUUUGCCCAACGCUUUUAUCUAAACACCAUUUAUCGUUAACAAUUUCCAAAAAGCAUUUAUAGCGUAGACUGGAAAAGAACUUAUUUUCUUACAUUGACCCACCAUAUCAAGAAAGGGAUUUGUAGGUCCAAUUAAUUCUUAAACCGCGCGACUCAAGUGAGACUUCGUUUGAAUAACCGACCCAUUGAUUCUUUCUUUUUUCUUUGUCUCAGUAACUUCAGGAAAUGCAGCAACAAAUACAACAAGUGGUGAGUAAUGUAGUCCUCGGACUAAGAAUUGUUCAACAAACAGCGCUUACAGGAACCCAUUGCUCCUGACGCUCUGACCAAGGUAAAAAUGAGCGACAGUAAUAAAAAGGCGAACACGAACACAUACGACAUUAUUUCGUCUACAAAACUUUUAAGUAUAGGAAGUUUCACUUUGUAGUCGUGCAAAACAAGGGCAACAAAAUGCACAAAGGUGUGCUAGUUGCACGUUCAAAGUUUUUGCUGUUGUUAUUCAGUGGUUAUUGUUGUUGUUGUUGUUGUUGCUUUUUUGCGAAUUAGACCCUAUUUAUUACAUAUUUUUUGCCGUUUUCUUUGCCGUCACCGCUUCGCAUUACACGAUUUCAUUUAUUUGUUUAUUUAUUUACAAAACUAUAGGUAUGUUAACGAGAGCUUCGCUUUUUAUCCCUGGCUAAAUUCUUUAUAUUAUUAAUACAUACUGAAGGUAUGCACGACUUUAUCGAUUGCGUUUUCGUAAAAAUUUCGGAAAAAGGCAAAAAUUAAUUUUCAAAUUGACUGGUCUGACUGGCCAAUAGUCCAUUUUCGAGUUCGCUAUGACCGCUGAAUUAAAGAAGUGAAGAUACACUUUUUACAGCCUUAGCCUCAAUCUGAAGUAAUAUAUUCACAAAUUCCAACGAGGAAAAGACCUGUUUAUUACUCUGUCUAUUGUGUAUAUUCAAAUUUCAAAUGCCUACUUGCCAGAAUUCUAAAUAUUUCAAUAAACGUCGAGGCUAACCCUGUAUGAAUUUGUCGUCAAUGUUUAUAUUCAGCGGUAAUUUUUAAUUCGAAACUGGACUAUUCUGACUUAUGGAAAGGCCACGUCCACACCUAUCCGGAUACUUUUGAAACCGCUACUUUUUUAUAUAGGAGUCAGCCCUCUGUCCACACGAAACCAGUGAACUUCCAUGAGCGACCACCUCUCGUAAGCGAUCUCUUAGCCAAAUCACCAAAACUUUCCCAGUCAAAGCCUUACACUUGGAACCUCUACUAAACGACCAACUCCUGUAAGCAACCGCGACCACUUUUUUGGCCUAAAAUUUUAAUGAUUUUUUAAAUGUUUUUAAUCUCUUGUAAGCGACCACUUGACGCAUUCUCUGAUCUCUAAGUUCGCUGUGUGGACUGUGCUGUGUGAACUAAUUAGUAACGGCGUGGACCUAUACAUGGCGUAACUUAAAAAUUGUAUGCAAUAAUUAUUUUUCGUAAAGCAGAUGUGCCACCAUGUGGCGACCACUAAGACUUUGCAUUUUGGGUGGUCGCUUACGAGAGGUUCGACUUUAUUUUUUGAAACUGUCUUGCACAGCGGAUUCUUUUGGAUUCGACGGGUUUGGUGAAUUCGUGUGCGGAAGACUGAAACCGGAACUUUUUGACGCCAACUAUGUCAUGAACUCUGGUCUAGUCUUAAAUGAAAACUUUCAAGUUCAACAUAGUAGCCAACCAUGUUUCUGUUUACAGCUCUCGCUCAUAUUGCCAGUCUUAUUGCAUGCGAUAAAAUCAAUUUUGCUAUUUUGACGACAUCAGUUAGCCAUUUCAAACUUCAAGACUUAAUUCAUACAGAUUGUGAAAUCGUUCAGUUCGAGACGAAGUCGUGUACUACUCCUUCGUUCUGAAUCUCGUUGAAAAAAGAUUUUGGGUUCGCCCAGGGUAAACAAGUGCCUGGCGCCGACGGUACAGGCAGGCCUGGCCAUUCUCUAUUUUCCAAUUGCCCAUAAUGCACUCUGUUUGCCCCCCAAAUUCUGCAUAAACCAUUGUUUUUAAAUGCUCCUGGGAGUAUUGCAUUUUCCCAAGAGCAUUUUAAGACAAUAAGUUAAGCAAAAUUUGGGGAGCAAACAGAGUGUAUUAUGGGCAAUUGGAAAAUAGUCAAUUGUGCUCGAUAGCCGAUAUAGCUACAACAAUACUCAAAAAUGCGGCGAAAUCACAUCGCGGGCUCGGUUUGCGCAUGCCUACUAGCCAGUAAUUAGCAAAGUAAAUCGCCUUAGCGUAUUCGUGUGAGUGGGUGAAUCUAAACCAGAUACACCACACCGAAUUCCUCUUGAUGUAAAUAUCAAGUGUGUGGUUUUAGCACCAGUAUUCGGAUUCGUGUGGACGUGGCCCGGGCAACCUUCCAUGUCGAUUCCAUGACACUACAACUAACAACUAUAAAAGGAUAUCAGUUGUAUUCUUUAACCUUGCAGGAACAGUACCAUAGAAUAAAUCCAAGUACAAAAGAAUUUUAAAUUUAUUUGUGGUUUCUAUGGAGUGAAAUUAGUGUUUUCUGACACGGCUCUAAUACACCAGUCAAUCGUCUAUCCUCAAGAUAGCUAGCAUGAUGCUUGAAGGAAGGGAGGAAAGAAAGUUCUCUAUCAGUUUCUAAGGUCCUAAAUUCUUUAACUCUCUUAGUCUUGAAAUUCGAAAUGCAACAAGUACGGCUUCUUUUUGCUAUAAACUGAAAGCAUUCCUCUUCUUAACCUCUGCUUUUCAUUUUUUUCUCAGUUUUUUUUCAAAAUUCCUUUCGCUUUUGCUAGCCUAAUUAUGAUUAAUACGACGAUUAUCUAAUAUAUAAUAAGAUUUACUGUACCUCUGUAACUGAUAGUUUGCUGUAAUAAUUUAACUGAGGAAGCCCAUUCCUCAUAAGCCCAGUGGCUUUCCUUGGGCUUCCUCGCCUCGUGGAGAAUGGUUAUGAAAAGCGACAAACAUCAAUGAUAAAAACAACAGUGCUGCAGUUUAUGUUGGAAGCACCCUGAAAGUGCACAAUCCUUUGUUUUCUGUUGGCAAAAUGUUACGGAAUAAAUUAAUGCAACGUUUUUUAUUGGUCAAUACAAUCAAAAUGAAAGGAAUGCUUUUCAACGUUGUGCACUUUCAGGCCCACAAAAAAAUAUAACAAAGGAGUCUGACGGGUUUUAUAACCAUUCCACUCAAUUAACUAUGUCGCUAUUAGCUUUUUAAAUAUUUUGAAUUUUUUUUAUUUUUGUACAUCAUUAUGGCAAAACAAUAAACUGAACUAAAACUGAACUUCUUAAAAGCUGCUUUUUUUGAAGACUUGAAUUGAAAGAUACUCAGUCUUUUCAUUACACUAUCUCAAAUAUUGAAGCCAUUUUUUUUUCAGAACAGUCUUCAUGUAUCAACACCCAUGCUUCAUGCAACGAUUACGCCGAUUAUUGUGAAGAUGCAGACGUUGGAAGUGCAAUGAGAAACAAUUGCCCUGUAACCUGCGGAAUAUGUGGUAUUUUUUAUGAAAAUUGAUAUCCUAAUCACGUUGCCAAAGUUCACUAGAUAACUUCUAUUUUAAUUCGUUAUCAUUAUCAUUGUCAUUAUCAUUAGCACUAUUUUCACUUUUAGAAUAACCAAGGAUUCUGCCUGCGCGCAAUGCUGGUAUACUAGUAGCCUCCCAGGCCAUUGCAGACAAUCGUGUGGAAGUCUAGGGGGGGAGUCCUUUUGCCUAUUUAAGCCAUUUAUCCCGUGAUUUUAGUGUCUUUUGCCAAGUAACGCCGUUUUUCGGCCGGGUUAUGACUUUCGUGUGAGUUUCUUGUCGCGUCGCCGAACCCACAGAAAUUAUACUUGGCCGUUCGCCUCUAGAACCUAACCUCGGAGCUUUGGCCAACCUCUUUGACAGCUCAUAUACUUGAACAAGCGAGGCCUUAUGCAACAACCCCAAGCAGAUUUAGGCUCAUUCAUCCGGGUUUGGUUUCUGUUUCUUCUCAGGUUAUAUUCCGCGUUUGUAUGUUAUUCAGUUAUUACCUCUGUUUUCCGGUGGUGGCGUGCGCGACUUGAAAAUGAUUUUGGUCGUGUGUGCGACCUGAGAAAGAUUUUUGUCGUGUGUUCGACACGAAAAUGUUUGGGUCGUAUGUUGACGGCCACAGAAAGACUGAUUCUGGCCGUGCUUUCGAUUUGAAAAAGAUUUGGUCUUGUUUCCGACCAUAGACAGAUUUUGGUAAUGUGCACGACCUGUGGAAGAUUUUUAUUAGAGUAUUCGAACUGGCAAAGACGUUUUGUCCUCUGUUCGGUCUUAGAAAGAGUCUGGUCGUGUAUAUGUUCGACCUUGGAAAGAGUUUGGUUGUAUGUCACAUCUUUUGUUGCUAUAUUUUUUGUUGGGCUUUUUUCCCUUCCCGCCCCUGCCGUGACCAGAAGGGAACUCCCUAUAACCCGUCUUAGGAUGGGUCCCUGGUCUGGUCGGGCUAGCGGGUGUUACCCUUCCUUUUUUAAUAUGUUUUCCUUUUCGUUGUUUUGUUUUGUCGUUGUUGUUUACGUAUGUGAGGUAGGCCUACCCUUAGGUUACCGAAUUUACUCGAAUAAGCACAGCCCUCGAUUAAGCGCCUCACAUGGAGUGGAAAAGAUAAUAAGCGCCGCGGCGCUUAUUCGAAUAAAUACGGUAGUUAUUUCCCGCCUUUUUUCCCCUUUCAUCUAUAAGGGCGCACCGUCAGUUCCUUCGCUCGCGAAUUGAAUAGGCUCGGGUUGCGAAGUUGUUGGUGUGAUUGGGAGGGUAAUCUCCCUAGCUGGACCGGACCUCUUUCCUUCUUACCUUUUAGCUUGUUGUUCUAGUGUUGUGAAGAGGAAUGGAUUCCCUUUUUUCUGAGUUCUGGAGAGAGUAUCAUUAAAGUGUCGGUUUAACAUUGCAAAUUUUCUGGCAAAAUCUCGCUUCCCAUAACUUAAUUUCGCGAAGGCAGUCAGUGGUUGUUUUGACAGUGAAAAUAGUUUAUUAUUUUCUCUAUUAGAAUAACCACGAAUUCUGCCUGCGCACAAUGCUGGUAUUCUCCUAGCCUCCCAGACCAUUACAGACAAUCAUGUGGGGAAGUCUCGGGGGAAGUCCUUUUGCCCAUUUAAGCCAUCUAUACCGUGAUUUCAGUAUCUUUUGUCAAGUAAUAACGCCGUUCUUAGUAGGGUUAUAUUUUUUUGACUCUCCCACCUCCCCUUCGGCGACGCGUAUCCCCCUCUCCGUUCUCUGUCUUACGACCCUCUGCCUUUGCAAAAUCUCGUUCCAAUAACUUAGUUUCCCGAAGGAAGUAAUAAGUGGUUGCUCUGACAGUGAAAAUGGUUUAAUAUCACUAUCAUUACCAUUUUCGUUAUCGCUAUCGUCAUCAUUAUCAUUAUCACCAUUACAAUCAUUAUCACCAUCAUCAUAAAAGAUAUUUUCACUCGGUAUGGGUCUGGCACUGAGGAAGGCUAAUUUUGGCAGCUGAUAUAUUGGCCAAAAAUAAAUUAGCCCUUUGGCGUAGUGCCCGCCUUGCAUUGAGUUUUGUUCUAUCAUUAUCAUUAUCGUUUUCACCAUCAUGAUCAUUAUCACUAUCACUAUCACUACCACUACUAUUAUCAUUGUCAUUAUCAUUAUUAUUGUCAUUAUCACUAUCAUUAUCGUUAUCGGUAUCAUUAUCAGUAUCAUUAUUAUUACCAUUGUCAUUAUCAUUGUUAUUAUCAUUAUUGGUAUCAUCAUCAUUUUCUUUGUCAUUAUCAGUAUCACUAUCACUAUUACCACCACUAUCAUUAUCAUUCUUAUUAUAAUUAACAGUUAUUCGCCGAAGGCGAAGUUAAUAUUGUUGAAUAAUCCCCGAGACGAAGUCGAGGGGGUUAUUCAACAAUAUUAACUGAGCCUGAGGUGAAUAAUUGUGUUAGUAUAUUCACACGAAGUGAUCUCAACAGAAUCAGAAAGGAAACCAUUAAAAAACGAUUAGUUUGAUUGACAGGUGAAUUCAUGCGUGAACACGAAGCCGUAAACAGUGGAUGCGCAAAAAUUAGAUCUUUACAGUAUCUUUAAACAUGGCAAAUGAUAGUUUUAAUCUUUUUGUAUCGAGUUUUGUAAGCUUUAGCGUCAACGGUUUAAAAGAAAACGCCGAACAUUUAAUUUACUACCUAAUUCUGAGAAGAAAAGUAGAGCUUUAUUUUGUUUCUGUCAACUCAUCGUGAAUGAGAGAGUUUUCUUCGUCGCUUCUUGUAAAUGCUGUCAACAGCAGCUACGAUCAAGGUGAACGUUGUUUAUCUCCAAUGUUCUUUGCCUUGUUAACUUGCUGGCACGUACAAUUUUCGAAAAUAUUUGCCUUCCUCUUUUCUCCAUAAAUUAACUUCUAUUUAUAGGCAAAAUUAAUAUAUUGGUCUUGCGAAAAAAUCCCGAAAUCACAAAACAGUGACAAAAGCGACCUCGUUUUCCUCUGUAGUGGUAAACAUAGCUUCGAGGGUACAAAAAGUCAGCUACAGUAAACCACUUCACAACAAAUCACGCUGUUUAAACACCAUGAUGUCUUUUCUUGCCUUUAAAGUCAUCAGCACUUGGAUAUUCGUGUAUUUUCAAAAGGCUUUACUAUGAAACUUUGCAAAACACCCAUUUCACGACUGGUUCACGACAGCGAUUUUGUUCUGCUUUAUAUUCACCACCUAGCGCGGUGAAUAUAACGUCAUAGUCUGAGAUAGCUAACCAAUCAGAUUACUUGAAUUACCAAGAUCACUGACUUUGUAUAUACUAAUUAGUAAGGUUAAUAUCAAUGAAUGAAUGAAUGAGAACUGUAACGUUUUGUAGUGUUUUGCACGUACUAAUUAGUUGAAUUAGUACUUAAAUUUAGACUAACAGCUUUUGCAAUAUUGUAAUUCCUUUAUGGUCAUGCAAAUAAAGCAUUUGGUGUUGUUGUGUUGGUAUGUGUAAUCAAAUGGUAACGAGAGAAAUUAGGGAAUAAUUUAUUUCACGCGCGUUUUGUCCAUAUCCUUAUAUUAUUAGGAUUUGGACAAAACGCAAGUGAAAUUAUUCCCUAAUUUCACGAGCAUACCAUUUGAUUACCUAUUAAUAUCAUGGGUCACGAAUUACCUUAGCAAUCGAGGAUUUUUGACUUGUUUAUCCUGGAUCGUAUCGAUCGAUUGUGAACUCCACUCUCUCAAACGUUUAGAGCUGAAAUUUGGCUUAUAAAGUUCAGAUUUUUUCAGACUUUUUCGGCAAAAUACCUGUUAGAAUCCUUGUUGAUGUUCUCGUGCGUGUUCAGGUUUUCUAAAGCGUCUUUUUGUGCUCUGACAUCUUCAUUCAUGGCAUUUUAUAAACUUCGUCGCCAUCUUGCCACUGAGACGUACGGAAGGGUUGUCAUGGCAAUUUUGUAAUUUCACAUGUGAAAUUACAAAUUUACGCUGAAAUUUUGCGCUAAAAUUAAGGAGUAAUUCGUCAUCUAUGAUAUUAUAGUUAUUAUUAUAUUGAAAAGCAAUAAACCUAAUAAGUGCUCUUAAAUAAGCACAGCAGCCAUGAAUGUUUAAACUGGACUGUUUAGUACUAACACUGGCAAGAACAGGUGGUAAAAUUGUGGCACAAGUCAACUAUCUAUUUCUCCAUCAGAUCGUCAUGGCGCCAACUAAAGGCUGGUUUUCACUUGCGACGGAGUAGGAGUCGGAGUCUUAACCAGAAGCGUAAGACUUUACGAUCUAGUGAUUCCGCUUACGACUCCGUCGCUUAAGAUCAAGUAAAAAGUAGGUUGUCGGAAUCGCAAGCAGAAGCGGAAGGACUAAACCAUCACAAAGUGUGGGAACGUGCAUUGUGAUUGGUUUAUCCUUCUGCUUCUGACUCCGACAAUCUGGUUUUCACUAGAUCGUAAGCGAUGGAGUCAUGAGCGGAAUCGGAAGAAAAUGGAAACUUUCUGAUUCUUCGACCCCGAUCCCGUCGCUCCCGACUCCGCUUACGACUCCGUUUUUUGACUUCGCUAACACUCUGCUUACGAUUCCGACUCUAACUCCGUCGCUAGUGAAAACCAGCCUUAAGACCGAUAUUCAAGGGUUUUUCUUUCUUUUUUUAACUCUUCGCUAA